CGCCCCGCUCAAACGCUGACAUCACCGAUCCCGAUCAUGACAGUAAACCCAAACGAAGACACAGAAUUCAACGACGCUCUCCGCAAACACGGUAUCAUACCGCCUAGAGAAACCACGCCUGAAACUCCCUCACCACCCCCAUCGCCGCCCCUUGAACAGGUCCUUGACGAUCUCACACCCGAUAGAUUGCGUGAACUAGGGGAAGAAGUUGUUGAUGAUGACCUCCAUCGCACUAUUGAGUCAUUCAGGCGACAGCGCAUCGCCGAGGAGCGCAAAGAUCAGAAGCGAGCGCGGUUUGGACGGGUCUAUCCUAUUGGGAGAGAUGACUAUACGAGAGAAGUCACGGAGGCUAGCCAGAUAGACGAGGAGGGUGAUGACAAGAGUAGAGGGACCGGCGUCGUUUGCUUCUUGUACAAGGACGGCAUACCGAGGAGCGAUCGCACUUUUGAGCACCUUCGCACUCUCGCAACCCGUUAUCCACGCACGAAGUUCGUUUCAAUCGUGGGCGACAAGUGCAUCGCCGAUCUCCCAGAUUCCCGGAUACCCAUGUUGAUCAUAUAUCGGAAGGGUGAGAUCAGGAAUCAGGUUGUUGCAUGGGGAACAGAGAGGGAAAGGCGAUUAGAAGAACUAGAAGCCGUUCUUCUACUCUGCGGAGCUAUCGAACUUCCAGAGCGUGGAGGUCGUAACCGCGAGCAGGACGGUGAGUCAGAUGACGACGACUACGACGACCCCUCCGCUCGCAUGCGCUCUGCAGCCACGAGCACCAAUACUCGUUCAGCAAGAAACGUGCGUGGGCCAACGACAAAAGGCAACGACUCGGACUCGGACUUUGAGUUUGACAUGUAGCACCAAGGUAGCUGUACCGAUAAUUUAGCUGACAUGGUUCAAGAUGUAUUCUACCCACAAGGAAACUUUCAAAAAAAAAGAGCAGGUGAAGAGCUACAUUGCAGAAUACGUUU